AGCUGAUGCGUUGAUAAAGAAGCUGAUGAUGAGUUGGAGAUAGCAACGCACUUGUGCAGAGGGUGGGAACUUAUAAAUGGCCUGAUUUCACACAAUCAGAUCAUCAAAGAGUCGUAAGAAUAACAAAUAUCACUUUAAAGAUUCAAGAUAUAAUAAUGGCUGACAAGGACUCGAAGAGCAUCGAAGUGAAGGACGGUGUUGUCGCUACAGACUCUAAUGGUAACUCAAAUGGUGAAGUCACCGAGUUCAACGACUUGCCUGUGAAUGCUAAAGUCGCUAAAGAGGUUGACCGUGGGUUUGCCAUGGCUCAAGAAACUGAAGGUAUUGAAUUGGAUCCCAUCAAGGAAAAAGCUUUGGUGAAAAAAAUUGAUUGGUACAUCUUGUCAACUAUGUGUGCAUUAAUGUCUUGUCAGCUGAUGGGUAAAUCUUCAAACUCAUAUGCUUCCAUUAUGGGUCUUAGAGAAGAUUUAAACAUGACUGCUAAAGAAUAUUCUUGGGUUGGUUCAUCCUUCUAUUUGGGUUAUCUAUUCUUUGAAUAUCCAGCUGGUUUAUUAUUACAAAGAUUCCCUAUGUCAAAAGUCUUGGGUGUUGCUAUCGUUUUAUGGGGGGUUGUCUUAUGUUGUCAUGGUGCUUGUAAUUCAAGUGUCACAUUCUUAUUAUGUCGUACCUUAUUAGGUAUUAUGCAAUCUUUUAUGGACCCUGCCUAUAUGACAAUGACUGCCCAAUGGUAUAGAAAAGAAGAACAAUACAUUAGAUGUGCUUACUGGUUAGGUUUACAAGGUUUUGGUACCAUGCUUGGUUCAGGAAUAGCUUAUGGGUUUUAUACUCAUCAAGAUUCAAUCUCAAUCAGACCUUGGACCGGAUUAUACAUUGUUGUUGGUUUGAUCACUGUUGUCUUUGGUAUCAUUUCUUUUAUUCAUGUUCCUGAUAUCCCAACUAAAGCUUGGUUUUUAAAUGAAGAAGAAAAAUCUUAUGUUGUGGAAAGAAUUAGACAAAAUAGAACUGGGUUUGGUAAUCCAAAAUUCAAAGUUUCUCAAGUUAAAGAAGCCCUUUUGGAUCCAUGUAUCUAUCUCUUCUUCCUCUAUAUGUUUGGUUAUGGAUAUACAAAUGGUGCCUUGGGAAACUAUGGUUCCAUUAUUGUUAAAGAUUACUUGGGUUUCUCAACUGGUCAAUCUUUAUUACUAAACAUGGUUGGUUCUGGUCAAGAUAUCAUUUUUCCAUUAUUUUGGGCUUAUGUUAACAAGUAUUUAAUCAAAAGUAGAUUGAUUGUUGCAUUUAUUAUCAAUGCCAUUGUGUGGUCUGGGUUAUUCAUGUUGGCAUUUUCUGAAAAUAGAGGUGCUAAAGCCUAUGGUUAUUUCAUGAACUAUUGGUUGACAGCUUCAUGGGCUACAUUAUCAUCAAUUGUCCAAACUAAUGUUGCUGGUCAUACAAAGAAAAGUGUUGCAAAUUCUUUAUUCCUUGUUGGAUUCUCUGUUGGUAAUUUGUUAGGUCCGUUAUCUUUCACUUAUAAUAAAACUGCUGAUGGUUCACCAAAUUAUAAAGUUGCCGGUGCAAGUAUGGUUGGUACAAAUGCUCUUGCAUGUUUUUUACCAUUGGUGCUAUUUGCUAUUUACUUGUUCAGAAAUAAACAAAAGGAUAGAGCUGAAGAAACUUCACAAUACAUGGAUGAUAACAAACUAUCAUUUGGUGAUUUAACUGACAGAGAAAAUCCUGCUUUCAGAUAUGGUUUAUAAACACAACUGCUGGUCAGAAGGUUUUCCAUUCUUAUACAUAUUCAGAUUUAUUUAGCUCUUUAAUAUUCUACGUCAUAUUUUUUGAAAUUCGUUGUAGAAUAUUUAUUAAACUAUGCACAUAAGCAUAUAUCGAGCUCAUACUUUUGAGCAAUUGCUUUCCAAUCAACAUGAAUUGAUC